AUGACCCUGGGCAGCUGCUGCUGCGAGAUCAUGUCCUCGGAGAGCUCCCCGGCCGCACUGUCCGAGGCCGACGCAGACAUAGACGUGGUGGGCGGUGGCAGCGGUGGGGGGGAGCUCUCAUCCCGCUCCGGGCUACGCGCCCCCCGGGACGUGCUCCCCCAAGGCCACGAUCCUCCCCCGGAGGAAGCCGAGGCAGACGUAGCAGAGGACGAGGAGGAGUCGGGUGGCUGCUCGGACGGCGAGCCUCGCGCUCCAGCGCCCAGGGGGGCGGCGGUCGCAGCGGGAAGCCCAGGGCCAGGCUCGGCUGCGGCCAGGGGCGCGGCGGGGCCCGGGCCGGGACCGCCGUCGGGGGGCGCGGCGACGCGGAGCCCGCUGGUGAAGCCGCCCUACUCGUACAUCGCGCUCAUCACCAUGGCCAUCCUGCAGAGCCCCAAGAAGCGCUUGACGCUGAGCGAGAUCUGCGAGUUCAUCAGCGGCCGCUUCCCCUACUACCGGGAGAAGUUCCCCGCCUGGCAGAACAGCAUCCGCCACAACCUCUCGCUCAACGACUGCUUCGUCAAGAUCCCCCGCGAGCCGGGCAACCCGGGCAAGGGCAACUACUGGACGCUCGACCCGGAGUCGGCCGACAUGUUCGACAACGGCAGCUUCCUGCGGCGCCGCAAGCGCUUCAAGCGGCAGCCGCUACCGCCCCCGCAUCCACACCCGCACCCGCACCCGGAGCUGCUGUUGCGUGGCGGGGCCGCGGCUGCCGGGGACCCCGGCGCCUUCCUGCCCGGCUUCGCCGCUUAUGGCGCCUAUGGUUACGGCUACGGGCUGGCGCUCCCGGCCUACGGCGCACCCCCGCCGGGGCCAGCCCCGCAUCCGCAUCCACAUCCGCACGCCUUCGCUUUCGCCGCCGCAGCCGCACCUUGCCAGCUGUCGGUUCCCCCAGGCCGCGCUGCGGCGCCUCCACCCGGACCUCCGACGGCCUCGGUGUUCGCAGGCCCAGCAUCGGCUCCAGCCUCUGCGCCUGCCCCAGGGUCGGGCCCGAGCCCCGCAGGCCUGCCCGCCUUCCUGGGCGCGGAGCUGGGCUGCGCCAAAGCCUUCUACCCCGCGUCCCUGAGCCCUCCCGCAGCCGGCACCACGGCGGGUCUGUCCACCGCACUCCUGCGCCAGGGCCUCAAGACAGACGCAGGCGGUGGUGCGGGCGGCGGGGGCGCCGGGGCAGGGCAGAGGCCUUCCUUCUCUAUAGACCACAUCAUGGGCCACGGUGGCGGCGGCGCAGCACCCCCGGGAGGUGGCGAGGGCUCCCCAGGACCGCCGUUCGCGGCAGCCGCGGGUCCUGGGGGUCAGGCCCAGGUCUUGGCCAUGCUGACUGCCCCUGCCCUGGCGCCGGUGGCCAGCCACAUCCGCCUCUCGCAUCCCGGGGACGCACUCCUGCCCUCAGGGCCCCCGUUUGCAGGCAAAGUCGCUGGCCUCAGUGGCUGCCACUUCUGA